GCGAGAGUAUAAAAACAAACAUGAAACCAAUUUUUUUUAUUAUUUCAAAAUUUGUCGGCCUUCAAUUAUUAUGAAAAACUCCAUAAGCGCCUAAGCAGCACGUUCAAAAGAUAAAAUUUUAUUGUCAUAAGUAUGCCAAAAAGUUGUUUAUUUAGUCGUAAGUUUGAAUAAGCAAUUUUGCGCUCGACGAUUUCAACGGUAAACCCCUGUAUUCAAAAGCAUCUCGAUUAAAAACACUUUGCCAUGUUAUUCACAAAUUUCAAGGCAAUUUUUAUGUUCACUGUGACCAUAUUAAAAUCAUGAUGUGAAUACCUAUUACACUUCGAACAGUAGCAGGACUCCUCUUGACGUCUUCUACACAUGAAUCACCGAAAAAAAGUAUGGAUUGUUUUCGCUGAAGUCUCCCGUUCCAACACUUGAUAUUCCUAAACAGAGAACGUAAAAGUAUGAGAAGGUGCAAAGGUGUUCUUCUACGUUCUCUGCCUAAACAACGAUAUCUAAGUCCUGCGAGCAAAACACCGCCUAUCUCUAAAGAAGGAAUUUCGUAGUUACUAUAGCAAUAUUUAUAGAGUAAUUGUCAAUUCAAUCAAAAAACAGUUUAGAACAUUUCAUCAUUUUUGAUUUUGAAAAUCUUUUAGAUGUUCGGAGGUGGCUUAAAAGCUUCUUAGUCAACUCAAUUAGUAUGAGUAUUUUACUCAAAUUGACUUUUAAAACAAUACCAGAGAUGUUACUUCCUUUCAUUAAUUAAUGGUAUGAAUGAGUUAAUAAUAAUUAUUUAACUAUUUUAUCAGUUGUAAUUUUUUGAGCUAAAUAUAACAAAUAUAAAUGAUAUUUAUAAAAGUAGUAAAUAAAUGCCUUUAUAUAAACCAUAUGCAGAAUUUUGAUAAUUUGCUAUAAAGGUUCUAUAUUAUCAUAGCGUUGAUUGAGUAACAUUAAUUGCAACUCUGUGUAUAACAGCUGGCAAUGCAUUUUCUGCAUUACAAAUUUUCUAGGAAAUUUAAAAAACAUUAAGCCCAUUUAUAAACAUACAUCUAUUACUUGUUGUGCAUAGUAAAUGUUAUAGCUUUUCAAAUAUUAUAAAUAUAAAAUUUGAAAGAAGAAAAUUUGAUUGUGUUGUCACACAAUGUCCCUUAAUUCGGGCUGCACUGAAAAUGAGCGUAAUAAAAUACCAAGGAUCAUGACGUUCCGUCCCAGCUACGAGGAAUUCAAGAAUUUCUCGAGUUAUGUCGAAUACAUGGAAAGUCGUGGUGCAAACUUAGCAGGACUAACGAAGAUUAUACCACCACCAGAAUGGGUGCCACGGAAAUCCGGUUAUAAUAUAGACAAUAUAAAUAUGACAAUACCCGCACCAAUUUGUCAAGUAGUGUCAGGAAAGCAAGGUGAAUAUCAGCAAAUCAAUGUCCAGAAACGUUCUAUGACUUUGCGACAAUUUAAAGAAAUGGCCGAGUCGGAACGUUAUCAAACGCCACGACAUUUUGACUACGACGAUUUAGAACGAAAAUAUUGGAAAAAUGUAACAUAUAUUGCACCAUUUUAUGCGGCUGAUGUAAAAGGUUCCUUAAGUGAUCCGGAUUUGCGAAUUUGGAAUAUAAAUUGUUUAGACACAAUACUGAAUUACGUGAAUAAGGAUUACGGCAUUGAAAUUGAUGGUGUAAAUACAGCGUAUCUGUAUUUUGGUAUGUGGAAGAGCUCUUUUGCCUGGCAUACGGAAGAUAUGGAUUUAUAUUCAAUAAAUUACCUGCACUUUGGUGCACCAAAGACUUGGUAUGCAAUACCACCCGCAUAUGGUCGGAGAUUAGAAAAGUUGGCGAAUCGACUUUUCUAUGAAAACUAUCAAAAUUGCAACGCAUUUCUGCGUCACAAAAUGACACUGAUAAGCCCACAAGUAUUGCGACAGAAUAAAAUACCGUUUAAUAAAAUUACCCAAGAAGCUGGAGAAAUUAUGAUAACAUUUCCUUUCGGCUAUCAUGCUGGUUUCAAUCAUGGUUUUAAUGGUGCAGAGUCAACUAAUUUCGGUUCUAAGCGAUGGAUUGAAUAUGGCAAGCGCGCCAGCAUUUGUAAUUGCCGAAAGGAUAUGGUGAAAAUAUCAAUGGAAACAUUUGUGCAGCGUUUCCAACCAGAACGUUAUGAAAACUGGCUAAAAGGUAUCGACUAUGGUUGCCAUCCAGAAGAACCUGGGAAAAUUUGCGCUGCGCCUCCACCCACAAUCAACAAAUAUUACUAUUCUAAGAGAAGACAGUCUGAAUCAAUGGAGUCGGUAGCAUCACAAUGUUCGACGUCAAAAGCUAAGGAUUCCAAUCAAAAGCGUGGUUGUACCUCACUUGCUGUGCCAGAAGACGCCACCACCAAUGCGUGCUUUGCCAAAGUGCCGAAAAUUAUAUUAACGAAAAUAGAUAGCGCAAGCAGCAAAAAUCUAGACAUUAAUGCCAUAGCAGUGAUGCGCUUUAAAAAACUUUGGAAUAACAUACCAUGCGAAAAGGAAGGUAAGAAUCUGCUAACCAAUGGCAUAAUCAAAAAUACCAAAAGAAUGCGUUUUCAAACGAAAACUAUAAAGCUUGAUGAUGAGGAAUAGUCUCGCGUUAUAUUUUUAUUUUAUUUAAUAUUACUUUGAUUACUUAUUUUAUAUACUUAUAUGUAUAAAUGAAUGAUUUGCUAUGCCAUGAGACUGUCGUCACCUCGAUUAGAUUAGUAAAUACAUAUAUGUAUAUGUCAGCAGUUCUAACAAAAAAGCGCAUUUUUAACGGUAAAAAUGCUAGGAAUCCUACAAAAGCCACUACAUUAUUCGCGCUUUUUGAUAUAUUUUAUGUUUUUUUAUGUAGUCUUAUAUGAAACUGCUGACAUUUAUUUAGAAUUAACACUAAUUAAUAUUACGUUUAUGUGUUAUUAUCAAUUCCCUUUCCAUUUGUUAAACAAAUCUGCAAUUGCAGGCAAAAUAGAAUUUAUUUCUAAAAGGUUGUUCACAGUCUAGUCUUGGCAGUAAUUUUCGCUAUAGUCGAUGACCUUACAAAAUUUUCCAUUUUGAGCAAUAUUUUAUAUUUUCUAUUAUACAUACACUUUUUUAUGUUUAUUGGAGUCUGUGAAUUUCCUACGUGUUAUUAUUUAACAAUUCUAUUUAAAUUUAAUAAAAAUACAUAUGUAUAUAUUUACAAAUGUAUAUUUAAAUUUAGUACUUUCAAGCAGAAACCAUAUGACAUGACAAAAAAAAAAAAAUUACAGUUACGGAUGUAAACAUUAGUACUCUGCACAGUGCUUCAUGAAAGUGUUUGUAUAUAAAGCAUAUGUUUAAAAUUUAUGUAAUUAAGUUACUUAAUCCUUGCGAUUUCUACAAAACUUAUUUUUUUAAUGAAAACGAAAAAAAAAAACAAUUAUAUUUUUAGCAUAAAAAACUCUUAGCCAGCUUCGACGGUUUGUCGACCAAAAUCAUAUAUUAUUAAAGGGUCUUUGUUUUAUUUAGCUAUUUAGAGUGAUAGUACAUGUAGGUACUGUGUUUCAAUACUGAAAUGAUGGUGCUUCAAGGCUGCAAGGAGAAUCCUGCCCGAUACAGACAUUCAAGAUCCGCGGUUGCUUGGGACAGUAUUUGUGUGAACGCGCCAUUA